GGCUGGAAAGACGAAUGUUUUGAUGUCAUUCGAGUGUGUUACGAAUUUUUCACAUCAGAAAAUACUUUCACAUACCUACGAACGAUAAACUAAUUUUAAUCGUCAAAAUUAUACUUUAUUUAACAAUUAUCGCGUAGUUCAUACAUCGGGGAGUAGGUAAAAGUUCAACUUAGAAGAUUAGAUAGCUGAAGGGCAGAGACUGCCUCGUCGACAUCCGUGCGGUCCGAUAGGGAGGAAUCAAUAUGACCAAUCAAAAGCCAACAGCCACAUCUCGGCUCAAGCAAGAUUACAUGCGCCUCAAGAGGGAUCCAGUGCCCUACAUUACGGCGGAACCGCUUCCGUCCAAUAUCCUCGAGUGGCACUAUGUGAUCAAGGGUCCGGAAGAUUCACCAUAUCACGGUGGCUACUACCACGGUACGCUGCUGUUCACCAAAGAGUUUCCCUUCAAGCCUCCGUCGAUCUACAUGGUCACGCCGAAUGGCCGGUUUAAAACGAACAAACGACUCUGCCUUAGCAUAUCGGACUUUCAUCCGGACACCUGGAAUCCGGCAUGGUCCGUGGCAACCAUCCUGACCGGUCUGCUCAGUUUUAUGCUGGAAACUACGCCAACGCUAGGGUCCUGUGAAUCGACAUCGUACGAAAAACGGAAAUAUGCCCGCCAGUCGCUAGAGUUCAACAUGAAAAAUGAGGUAUUCUGCGAGCUGUUUCCGGAGGUAUGCGAGGAGAUCAACGAACGCCUAGCGAAAAUCGAGGAGCACCGGAAGCAAAAUGCAGCGAACAACAAUACCGCUUCUAGCGCUGCAAAUGGAACUGCUGGUGGGGCAGCGGGUACACCCGCUGAAGGGAUGGAGGGCGAUGCGGCCGAAGGCAAUGCGCUCUCGAACACCGACGAUAGCAACAUUUGGCAUUCCCUGUACACCAAUCUGAUCGUGCUGAUCGGAUUCGUCAUAUUCGCACUAAUAGUUCACUAUGUGAUCAAAAGCAUGAACAUUGAAUGAUUGUAAAAACUGCUGGUUCCACUAAUUUUCCUUGAUUAUUUUAGUUGGAAUGUACCUAUGUCCACAUAUUUCGUAAAAAGCGAUGUUCUGAUUGGUCGAUGCUUGAAACAAGCCCUUCAAUAUUUUACUAUCGAACCGUGAUUGAACUCAACGCGUUAAUUGUUAAUAGGUUUUAUGUUGGGGAUCGGAUUACACUGUUACAUAUAAAAAUAGAACUUUUCGUUUUUUCUCUAAGUGUUGGCUGUAGUCGACUAUUUCUAAAGCCCGUAUUUCAAAAUGUUCCAAUAUAAUGCAUGCAAAUUGAUCAGAAAUCUAUAGGUUGCACGCUAUCAUUACAAAAGAUUCAAGUAAUAAGUUUAAAUGAUGGAUUGAUGCGAAAUAUAGCCAAUAUGCUCAUCAGCAGUAAUCGACGAAACCUACAACAUGCAAUAGGACACAUAAAACAAUUUCUCUGUGUAACACAUUAACCGUUAUGUGUCCGACAAAAUUUUUGCUUUUUUCUACACCGUGUAUUUUAAAUGGGAGCUGGGUACCCGGGUACCCUGUCGGCCACAUAAGGGUUAAAUGUUCGAUUAGGAAACCUCGAUCGAACUUUCUAAAUUACAGUAGGAAAGUUUAGAAAAGUAUCAGGAUUUGCAGACGCUUUUUAUGCGGUGACCUGCAUAUUGUAAACUGUAGAUAACGACAGAGGGAGCCGUAAAAAGUGAUUUUAAUGAAACGAUAAAACAAACGGAAUGCACGAUUUUGCACACAUAAGUAGUCGAUAAUUGAAAUAGCAGUACCAAAUAUAAUGUCAUCAUUUCGCUACUACAGUCAAAUCCCUUUUGUGUUGUACCUAUAUCUAACCUCCGAGAAGAAAAAAAAAAACACGUUCUGCCACAUUAUGUCACUAGCACUAUUGUUUAACAGCUACAAAAAUUCCAUGAUCGGUGAUUUAAUCUUUACUAUUUAUAUAGAACCAAGAGUCUAAUAAAACUUUGUAACUGUGCGCUAAUAGUUAUUGCACACUCAUUCAGACACAGACGGCCACACGCUUGUCAGCACCGCCACAGGGUGAUGACAAAUCUAUUACAAUUAAAAAUACCCAAUAAUCAACACUGCUGAAGCUGAAACGUUUCAGAAGAUACCUUAAUAUUGAAAUGCACAUCGGAAUGCCGUAAUUACAAUUCGAUAAACCACAAAAAAAAGAUGCGGGCGACCGCGAUACUAGAGUGAUCGAGAGCGAUAAUUAUCAAAAGGAAGAAGGACUUCAGUAUUUAUUGUAAAGUGAAAUAUGAACGAAACAAAAUAAAUCAAUGGUGGCUGAAUGGCUUCAAUUA